AAAGAGCCAGAACAUGACAAUUAAAAUUUGACAUUGACAAAAAUGACAAAAACCAAAUGUUACAUUGACAAUUAGGUAAUGGGAGCGACAUCUAUUGGAGGAGGCAGAAAGCAUACGCUCGACACAACAUUGAAUGGGGAAGAUUUCUAUAAGUAGGCAUAAGCAGGACCUUGGAAACUUGGGGUAUUGAAGGAACACUGAAAAAGCUCUUCUACUCCUCGAUAUAUAGAUGGCGGAUAACAUAGAAAACGUCGAAGAAAACCCUAUCAACGACAUGGAACGUUCAGUUUCACCAAGCUCGGAAAAUAGGUGUCAGGUUGCUCCGGCUGUAACAUCACUCGCGGAGAAUGAAUCAAGCGCAGAAAAACGGCCACUUACUACAGCAUCCCUAAAAUCUAAGCGCAGCAAACUCUCACAAAUGUUUUCAUUAAUUGACGAUUUAAAAAAUAUAGAUAAAAGUAUGGAAGAAACAGAACAUGACGUAUUUGGAAAGAGUGUAUCAGCUCAAUUAAAGAAAUUAUCCGAAGAACUAGCAAUCAUUGCUCAAGAAAAAAUACAAAGCAUAUUAACUCAAUGCAGACUUGCUGAUAUAAAAGCCAAGAAACCUAAUUCCGCAUAUUUUAAUAUUCAGCAACCGGUGCAAUCAAACAUGCAGUCUCAAGCGUAUACCAGCGUCCAAUAUCAGCAGUCGAGCUACCAGCCAGCAUUAUACUGUCCCCCAAGCACUACAAGUUCUUCUUCGGCUUCUCACUACAACGAUGAUUUUUCCCCAAUUUCAUAUCACAAUGACAGCCUGGACGCAAGCACACAAGCCAGUGAUAUAAUAGCGACUGCUUUGAGAAAUAUGUAA